GAGCCGAAGACACACAUUCAUAUAUUUAUACACACACACACUUACACUCACACUCUUACAAACGGGAUUUUUUCUAAGAACAAACAAGCAGGCGGCAGGGAAUAACCCCGACGUCCCUUUCCUCGUCCGAACGAGUAUUUCACAGAGCCAAAUGCCCGGUCCGAUGCAAGCUCUGUCCCCCAAUGGAGAGAACAACAACGACAUCAUUCCGGACAGCAACGGCACCAACAUCAUUCCCUACAGAAAGAACACAGUGCGCGGAGAGCGCGCCUACAGCUGGGGGAUGGCGGUCAAUGUUUACUCUACCUCAAUCACCCAGGAGACCAUGAGCAGGCAUGACAUCACAGCCUGGGUGAACGAUCUGCUCAGUCUAAACUACACUAAAGUGGAGCAGCUGUCAUCAGGAGCAGCGUACUGUCAGUUCAUGGACAUGCUGUUUCCGGGCUGCAUCAGUCUUAAGAAGGUGAAAUUCCAGGCCAAGCUGGAGCACGAAUACAUCCACAACUUCAAACUCCUGCAGGCCUCCUUCAAGAGGAUGAAUGUUGAUAAGAUCAUCCCUGUAGAGAAGCUUGUCAAGGGACGGUUUCAAGACAACCUGGACUUCAUUCAGUGGUUUAAGAAGUUCUUUGAUGCCAACUACGACGGGAAGGAGUACGACCCGGUGCAGGCCAGACAGGGUCAGGACGCCAUUCCCCCUCCAGAUCCCGGCGAGCAGAUCUUCAACCUGCCAAAGAAAUCCCAGCAUGCCGUCAGCUCUCCCACCGCAGGAGCUACUAGAUCCACCAGUUCAACCCCUAAAUCCUCCACCUCCACCUCCUCCACCAUCACCUCCACCUCCAGACCCUCCUCUGCCAAAAAGAUCCCAGUGAUGUCAGCGACACCCGCUAAAGGAGAGAAGGAGCUGGAAGCCCAAGUAACACAACUAAAUGAACAGCUCAAUACAUUAAAGCUCGCUCUCGAAGGAGUGGAGAAGGAGCGGGAUUUCUACUUCGGGAAGCUGAGAGAGGUGGAGCUGCUGUGUCAGGACCAGGGCCAGGACAACGGGCCCUUCGUGGAGAGACUCAUGGAGGUGCUGUACUCUGCAGACGACCAGGAAGCAGGUGGAGAGGAGCAUGAGGCUCCGGCUCAGGAGGAGGACGUCCCUGACGACACACAGGACGAAUACUGAACAGCUGUCAAUCAAACAGACACCUGAACAUACAUGCACUCAGUCAGAAAACUGCUCUUGGGUUCAUUUCCUCAAACUCACGGCGGUUUAUUUCUCAUUUGGUUUAUUGACAAAUUGGCCAAAUAUGUCUCUUUUUAUUGUCAUUUCGAAGCCCUGUUUAAUUGGAUCAUGACUAUUAUGAACAUGUCAUCUGACAGCAGCUUAAAUGGUGAAUCUUGUCCGUGUGAAGCCUGUGAUAACCACCGCACAUCAAUUCCAUUCGAUUUUUACUUUAACUGCUAUUUUACAUCUCAAAGCUGUUAGAUGCAUCGUUAAACCAUUACAUUUUACAAUAUUACAAUAAGAGUAGCUCAGAGAGCUACCAAUACAUUUUAUCUGCUGGUAGAUUCCUCAAGAAGACUAACCAUUGGUUACCACAGUAAAUUUUGCAUUAUAACCUAAUGCACACUGUUAAUAUAAAGCAAUGUGAUUCAUUUUGAAACAACGCUAAAUUUUUCUCAAUGUUAGAUUAAAAACGCAUAUUUUUUAUGAAAUUUUGUUUUUUGGAUAAAUGUGUCUGAGCUUCACCGAGGUGAAAGCCAAUCACAAUGUUUGGUAGGAAGUAUUUUAUUUGAACCGUGCAAUCCGUAUUUUGCGUCUAAACAUGUUUUACUUUAUAAGUACAGUAAAGACAAUGCAUAUUGAAGAUUUUUGUUAACUGUUGUUCUAAAGCACAGGUCUUCUGGACAGAAAACCGCAUUCUCGUGAUCUCCCAAUAUUCUCCACAGGUCAAUGGUCUUAUGUCAUUUAUUAUUGUGUACAAUGAAAAGGAAUGUAAACAAAUGUACUGUUAAUAAUUAUAAAUAGACAAUGUGUUUCUUUUUAUUUCCCUCACCGUAUCUCCCCUUAUGCAUUCCCCGAAUGUGUUGCAUGUUUGCAUUUUAUUUGUGAAUAACUUGACCUGCUUUUUACAUAUUUAAUAAAAAAAGAAAAUUGAAAAAAAAAAAAAAAAUGUUAAAUGUUUUUUGUAUGUUUAACUUGCUGUUUAGAAUCUUUGGAGAUAUGAUAGGCUUGCCCUAAUAAAACCCUUUCGCUUUCAAAA